AGGUUCUUGGAUGUAUUGUUGACGGUGCCGUCGAGCUGGACGAUGAUGCAAAACCCAUUCUGAAAGAUGCGUUGGCAAUCUUAUGUUCCAAGGUAGGUCUCGAUAGAACUCGACAGAACUGAAUUAACAUAAUACCAGGUAUCCAGGAUUAUCAUGUGAGCAAAAUAAAGCAACAUGGUUGGCUAACAUGGCAUGAAUUAUUAAUGAAUUUGAGAUAUUUUCUUCACAGCUGUUUUAGUACUGUGUGAAGGUUCUUGUCGUGAAACCUUUAUUUUGUUAAUAUGAAGCUUGAAAUGUCCCUGUAUAACAAUUUGCAGUUACGGGGACAAAAUAGUUUCUCAUAAAAACAAAACAAUUUUCUUUAUUGGCAUACUUACUAUGAUAAUUUCUCAUUACUUACUAUGAUAAAUUUUGCGAUGAAAUUUAGCACUGUUUAUAUCAAUGGCAAUUGCUAGAUAGUAUACUUCAAAAUAAGGUUUCCGUUUUUAUAUCAAUUUUUAAAAUAAUUAAAAUAAGUUAGGUUUAGGUUAGGGUUAGGUUAGGGUUAGGGUGAGGGGUUAGUAUUAGGGUUAGGGCUUAGUUUUGCGUUAGGAUAGUUUUUUCUACGUUAUAAAAACGGAAACCUUAUUUUGAAGUAUACUAUCUAGCAAUCACCUUAUAUCAAUAUUUAUCCUCCAGAAUAUCAAGUUAUCCUCUACUCACGUUCACGCAGCUGAGGAUUUUGCUGAUGAAGGAGAUGAGGCCGGGGCUGCGAUGGCGAAUGCCAGGACGAAAUUUCUUACUCAGGUUUGCGCAGAAAAUUAUCCUGCAUGGCUGCAUCCUCAAUUUUUCCAAAACUGACAAAUAUUGGAAAUUUUGAAUGGAAGACCACAUUUUAAUAGUUUACUUCUGUUAUGUUACAUUCUUAGGUUGUGAAGAAAAAUAUGAUCGAGAAUAUCGUUCCAAUCAUUAUAGAACUGAAGAACUUGGUAUGUCCUUUACGUGUUUUAAAAUUGCACACGUAAAAAUCUCACAACUUGUCAACAAGAUGUGUUCGCAACAGGCUUGUAGCAAGCUUGUCAACAAAUUGUAACAAUGAAUUUUUCUGUGUUGGUGUUGUGUACUCAGGUGAAUAAUAUGUUUGCGAUGUUACUCUGAGUGCAUAUCCACACCGGGCGAGCUUGAAAAAUAUGCCCGGCCACGGUGGGAUUCGAACCUACGACCUUUGGAAUACUAGCCAAAAAUUCAUAUUACAUAUUCACUCGCCCGGUGUGGAUAUGCACUCAGAGUAACAUCGCAAACAUAUUAUUCACCUGAGUACACAACACCAACACAGAAAAAUUCAUAUUACUAGAACACAAUGGUAUUGAAGGAACUAGAUACUGUUCCGAAAUAUCACUUACUCGAACCGUCCUGACCGCGUAGCUCAGUUGGAAGAGCAUUGGGCUAGUAUUCCAAAGGUCGCAGGUUCGAAUCCCCCCGUGGCCGGGCAUAUUUUUCAAGCUCGCCCGGUGUGGAUAUGCACUCAAAGUUGUAACAAUGCUGUUAUUUUAUCAAGUUGCCACAAGGUUGUCACUCACAACUUGUUGACAAAUUGUUGAAUUGCAGGACGAUAACAAGUUGUUGUAACAAUUUGUAACAAGUCUCUUGAGCUCAACAACCUUGUAGCAAGCUUGUCAACAAGUUGUAAAAGCUUGUCAACAAGUUGUAACAAUGCUGUUAUCUUAUCAAGUUGCCACAAGGUUGUCACUCACAACUUGUUGACAAAUUGUUGAAUUGUAGGACGAUAACAAGUUGUUGGAACAACUUGUAACAAGUCUGUUGAGCUCGACAAGCCGUUGACAACUUGUCAACAAGUUGGGAACAAGCUGUGCGAACACAUCCUGUUGACAAGUUGUUGGAACAGCAUUGCUACAAGCCCGCUGCAAGUUUGUUAAUACUUGUGUGUUUUUUACGUGUGUACAUCAAACUAUAACUUUACUUAAACUGGAAAUAUCUUUCAGCUUGAAAAACAAAGGUCACCACUGCUCAAGGAUUUGAUGCUUUGUCUGAAGGAAAUUAUGAAAGAUUAUCGCGCGGAAGUUCAAGGUAAUAGACCUUAUGCAUAAUGACGUCACAAGGCUUGAUGCCCGCGAGGAAUGCUGGUCUUAGUAGCCAUCGCCCGGGAAAAUUUCGAUGGUGGCCAUUUUGAAUUGUUUAAUUUUCCCGGGCGAUGACUACUAAGACCAGCAUUCCUCGCGGGCAUCAAGCCUUGUGACGUCAUUAUGCAUAAGGUCUAUUAAUGCCUGUACAAAUUACAAUCUUGGCCAUACUGUAAAGCCAGAUUUCAAUAUGGUCGUAACGGUCGCAAUGGUAGACUCACGAUUUAAUAUGACUAGAUUAUAAUAGUUUUCUAACUGUAAACCACAUAUAAAUCAUAAGUACUAUCUAUUUAUAAUCACUCUGCCUAUUUCCAGAUCUAAACUGUCGAUUUCGGCUGUUGAGAAAGAUCGUGACUCAAUCUUUACGACCGUAUGGAAACCAGGCUUAAGUUAGUAGAAGGGGCUAACUCUGAAAACUGGUGAUGGCCUUCACAAAAGAUGGCCUUCACUUGAGAUAAAUGUGUGACAAUAUUCUGUGCACACGAGCAAGGAAAUUUGGCUUAAGUUUCAUUCGAAGAAAUCUAAAUGAUGAUGCAAACCCUCUAUGCGUGCGUAGAAUACUCAACCCUAAUCCAUACAUUAUCAAUUAUUUCAUUUCACUAGAUGUCUUAUCAGCAGACAGACAGUUGGCGAACGAGAUCGAGUUUGAUCUGAGAAAGUUCGAAGAGGAACAGAAGGAAUUAGAGAAACAACAAAAAAGAACCACAAAUGCAUCGCCUUUUGAUGUAUGUGACGGCUGUUAAUACAAUAAACUUUAUCAGUGGUUGGAAUGUCUGGACGCCAGUUGCGACCAAAUUUUUCAUCUCGCGACCAGAUAUUUGGCAGGCCUGGAAAAUAUAUUUCUUCCUGGCAGCAAAAAUACAAAAAUAAAAAUUUCCUGUGCAAGUCAAAUAUAAAACUUAUAGUACCUUUCCCCCUUUGAGUGAAAUUUUGAUCUAGACAAGUCUGGACAAACAUGUCAUCACAGCUUGAAAGAGCAUCACAAAAUUAGUAAUAUUCCGAAGUUUCGUUGCGAAAUGUUGUAAAAUGCGGAUAGUAUAGCCUUGCGAAGUUUGCCGUUUUUCAGUCAUUUUGCAUUACGCGCGGGAAAUUGAUAAUCAGAUGAUCAAACUGAUUACCAACUUCCCAUUUGUAAUACAAAAUGACUGAAAAACGGCAAACUUCGCAAGGCUAUAUUAUCCGCAUUUUACAACAUUUCGCAACGAAACUUCGGAAUAUUACUAAUUUUGUGAUGCUCUUUCAAGCUGUGAUGAUUUUUUUGUCCAGGCAUAUCUAGAUCAAAAUUUCACUCAUAAGGGGAAAGGUCUAUUGUAGUGGACAAAAUUUGGACAAUCUCGACUUGCAAAAUGCUUUUGUAAACAAUGAGUACAAUAUAUGGCAUUCCAGUAUGUAAGAUGACAAAAAUUAUUUUACACCUGCGUGCAAGAUUUUUAUGAAAAUUUCCUCCGAAGAUAUUUUGUUAAGAAUUUCCUGGCUGCGGUGCUGCUGGCGCUGAAAUAAACGUGGUGAUAUUAUUAUUGCAAUACAAACAUUCAAAGUGCUUAUAUCUUCUUGCACCUAUAUUUUACAGGCUGCUUCAUCCCGAGGAAAUUCCACGUCAGGUCGCCAGUCGCUUCCUGCUGUUGGCAGUCCAAUGAAGACGGGAGAUUUUGUCACACCAGAACUCCGAACUCCUGGUGGAUCUGCCAUAACUACUCCAGAUGGUAUGUGUCAGACACUGAGACUGUACCCUCAAACAUUUCUUAUACAAAUCCUUUAAGAGCCAUUUUUUUUCAAUGUCACGUAUUUGCAAUGAAAAGUGUUCAAAACCUAAAAUCUUUUUGGCGUUCCUCUCAAAAUUACUUUGUUCUAGCUUUAUUCUCUAGUUUAUAGAGUUAGCUACCUUUUUAAAUGCAUCUGCCGGUUGAGAAACAUAAAAUAAUAGUUAAAAAUUGUCAAUGAAAAUACAAUUAUCGAAGAUGCUUUAAAAUUGACGCCAUAUUUACAGCCAUAUAAACAAAACUUACUGAACUUCAGACAUCAUUUUCUCUUUGGCGUAUCAUCUAAAAUCUUUUCAUUUUAGCAUUAUUUUACAGAUAAAACACUAAACAUACUUUUUAAGUUUGUUUGCCGAUUGAGAAACGUAUCGAAAAAUAAAAAUUUUGAAUUUAGUCAUAACCUCAAGUGGUCUUUAUACGCAUUAGUUUUGAGCGCGUGUUACGUAACAUACAAAAAAAUCUCCUCUUAAAUUUUCUCAUGAAAAUUUCUCAUGCGAAAUUCCCACUGUGACCACAGAAACUUGUGUAAAUCAGUCCGGUAAAAACAAAUCAUCCAUCAGGAUGCAUCGACAACAAUCUCGUGCCCGGAGUAUGCCCGUUCGCAGGUUAGGUGCUGGACAUGCCCAUCAUCUAACCUGCGAAUGGGCAUACUCUGGGCACGAGAUUGUAUCGGCAAUGGUGCUCGGAACAAAUCAUGUCUGAUAGUUUGUCUAAUACUAGAUUAUAUAGCUAAUUCACGUUGUCCUUUGAAAACACUUCUUCCUGGGAGCAUAACCUGGAGACAAAAAUGUCCUGCAGACCAACGGAGUAUUUUUGUGCUAAAUCUGCAUGUGCAUAAACAUAUAGUGUUCUAGUUGACCAUGGUUGUAAAUUCAAGGAAUAAUGUCUGUCAACCAUAUGUUGUUGUGCCCAUAGUGGGACAUGGGUGUUAAGGUGUCCUUCGAAUUUUCAAUAGCAAAUCUUCAUUCAAACGAAUUACCUGCAGCUGUUUAACAUUUCCUGCGAACAGUGCUCGCUUAUUUUUCCCAACCCUGAAUGUAAUAUUGAAUAGUUUCCGUAUAACUCGUUCAGUAACGAUAUAGGCUGAACUCUGUCUUAAAAAUGUUUUAUUCUAUUAUGAUUUCAUCGUUCAGAUGGUGUCCCAGCUAAUAUUCCUUCCACACCAAAGUCAGCAGUACGUCGUCAAUCUUUGAUCACCACGGCGUUGAUGAACUCGGCUAGGAAAGCUAUUGAAUCUGCUCAGAAAGCAAGUGUAGCUCGGUCAAGACUCGCUUCAGCUGGAACCCCACAGAAAGCAAGCGGAACUCCUGAGAAAGCUAGCAGUGAUGGUGGAGGGACUCCUAGGAUGCGGUCUGAGUCUGCCGCGGAUUGCACGCCGUGGAACAAGCAAAACGGAGAGACGGCAUCUAAAGAAGGCGGGAAGGUAUAGUAAAUGUGAUUUAUGUACAUGUUUUUCACACAUGUGAUCAGGGCUCGACUCCUGCAAUGUGCAAUGUGCAAUUGUCUGAUUAUAAUUUUGCCAAAUUUCUUAAUACAUGAUUUUAAUGUGUUUUCGUGCGUUUCAGGUCGAUGCAAUGAAACCUGUUGGUACGCGUCGUGUUGCAAGAGCCGCUAGCACGCCUGAAGGUUUGUUAAAAAUCUGUCAUGAUUUUUAUGCGAUCUGGUUCCCUCCUGUAGUAAUACUGGUCCAAUAAAGGAUAGUACACUAAAAUUUUCUCUUUAACUCAGGUGACGUAACGCACAUGUCAAGAAUUUCAUUUAUCUCUACUCCUCUAUCACCGAUUGUCAACCUCGUACCUGUCGCUAUACCUAAAAACACUAGAGGUAUUGCAUUAUUUAUACUCUAAAAUUCAUUAUAGACUUGCAUCAUAAACAUUGAGAAAUUCUUAAAGGUUGACAGUUUCUUUUCAACAUUUAGAUGCAAAGAAUAAAGCUCAAAAAGACAAAACAGAAAUCUUGUGUUUACCAUCUCCUACCCAACCGUAAGUAAAGUUGAAGAUAGAAAGCUCAAAAACCUAGAAAAUCAUGCAGCUUUCAUUUCUACUUGUGACAUAUGGUGUUCUUUUCCACUGUAUAGGGCACCUAAGCCAAGGACAUGGAACAUUACCUCACCUGUAAGUAUA